AUGGUUGGUACGACAAAAUACACAGACGAACAGAUCAGUUUCAUUCUGGAACGAACUGUCCGGCCCAUUCCACGCGGAGAAACCAACAAUGUCCACCUGCAAGUAGUAGACGACUUCAAGAAGAAGUACGGCAAGCCGACAUUCGGCCUCAACCAGGUUCGGUACGUGACCGAGCGCUACGGUAGCGAUCCGGCAUACGGAAACCGCUGGGCCGCCCUCGUGCGGAGUCAACAGAACAUGUCGGACCCCAUGUCCCAGGACCAAGAGGCCGCCCCGAUAUCGCCCAUCAUUCCCACGGCUACUGCAAAGCGGGUUGCUCAAAGGAGUACCAAGGGCAAGUUUGCCCUAUGUACCGCCUGUAAUGGCACUGGUGUCAAGGCUGUUCAUCGCCCGGCAGUACCACAGCGAAGCACGGCGCAGCAAAGACAGGGUCAAGAGCAAGAUUACAUGGGCCACUUAGCCCACCCUCCGCAUGCGCCACGGGUGAAUUCUCCCCGCUCAGCCUCGAAUUACGUAGGUCCUAUGAGCCAGUCGCCCAACCCUGACCAGCGCCAGGUCCAGCAGCAGUCCGUCUAUACAGAAAUACCACAGAACUCUUCACAUAUACGUCUCCAGGUUGCCUCCCCAAGGCAACACAUACCUCACCAUCAUCAGACCCCUAUAUUCAGGACUGCUCUACGCGGCGGCGACAACACCUACGGCGCUCAACAUCCAGCCGCCUAUAACCACCAAGGGGUCCAGCUCGCUGAGAGCAACGAGAGUGACGGCUCUAUACAUCACGUCGCGUACAACCCCCAAAGAGUCCAGCUCGUCAAGAGCAACGAGGAUGACAACAAUUUUCAACACAUCACGACUUCCGCACAGGAGGCCCCAAUGUUCCCAGAAGCGUUAAGAACACGCGCGGGACCAGCACCUACACCCUGGAUGGGCUAUUCAUCAGGCCUCAGCCCCAGCCCCAGCCAUUCCCUAACCCCCUACCAAUCAUAUCCACAAACUGCCCUACCCAACCUGCCCGAACUCGACAGCCGCCCCGUAUCCCGGCCCUCGACAUACUCAGCGCUCGGCAAGCGAGGCCGCUCGACCCCCUCAGUCGGACCCCCGCCUCCUCUCGCGCCACCCCCCUCGCCGGCAGCACCUAUGGCCCAUACAGCAUCCAGCCAUAGCCCUAACACCAACACCAACCCUAACCAUAACUACUCCCCUCAGUACUGGCACCCACACAACACUAUACUGAAUAACAGACACCCUUCCACAACAACCAACAGCCCAGCCCCUGACCACCAGCCGGCGCCAAAGCGGGCCAAGACAUCCAACACCAAUACCACAGAGGCGCCCCUGUUGAGCGACAGCUAG